AUGAGCGGUGGAGUAACAAUUAAGCUUGGUGUGAAGCCAAAAGGUGAUGGUACUAAGGAUAUACAAGUUACUACUCAUGACUAUAAGGAUAACGGAAAAGAAAUUAUUGUCACAAGAACCACGGACCCUCCUAACUUCUACAGGUAUACUCAUACUCUGCAGAAUGGAGGAGGACAAUUCAUACUAAAGGAAGUUAAAGAUGAUAAGAAUAGCCCUAUAGUUAUACCUAAAGAAUCCGAUAAAAAGGUGACAUCGGUUUCUGCUUAUUAUUGGAAGCAUGACAAUGGUACUAAUCCACCUACUAAGGUUAUCCUAGUUGAAGUGGCCACUACUGGACAAGAUGGAACGAAAUAUUAUAAGAAUAGCGAUGGUGAUAAGUGGGUUGAAAAACAUAAUCUCUCAACAAAUGGUGAGCAACUUGACAUGGUAUUAGAUCAACAGAACUGUUACAACAAUAAUGCAGUCACCCUAGAUCUUACCAAAGAUGCAUAUGGGAUAGAUGGACAACAGCCUUGUUGCAAUGAUCAUAAAGGUACUGAUUCCAAGAUCUCUGUGAAUGAAAUACCAGUUAAUCAUAAUCAUGCACAUCAUGACCACCAACAUGUGGGCUCAGAGAAUCUUACAGUCAAAAAAUACUCCAUUAUUGGCGAAAAAUUGGCAGCCAUCAAACUUCCUGGUGAAAAAACCAGGAGGAGCAUAACUUUAGGUGGACAAUCAUUUCCUAUGGAUAGCGUAGAAAGUGUGUAUGCAUUAUAUUCUGGUGACAACCAGGAACCCGUCUUGAUUUAUCUUAGCAAGAAAGGUGAUGAUCAAAAUUCUGGAUGGUAUAAGAAUCCCUCCAGUAAUGGUUCUAAAUGGGAAAAGGCCGAUGGGCUCGAUGGUGUAACACCUGAUAAUAUUACCGAAUGCAAAAAUUGGAAUUCUCUUGUUGGUGAACUAAGAGACCGUGGUGCUAACUUGGAAGACUGUCAAGAGACUAUUCAACAACUACGAGAAACACGAGCAGGACUACGUGCUGGAUCUAAACGUACUGAUAAAGAAGAGGAGGAGGAAGAGAAAAAGAAGGGAGAUCAAGGUACUCUUGGAUCUAAGGGAGGUAAAGGUAAUGCUGGUUCUCCUGGUGAAGAGGAUGAAUCUGACAAAGAAGAUGAGGAUCUCCCUGAAGUUGGUACUCUAAAAGUGGAAAGUCCGGUAGAAUCCAAUGAUGAGCUUAACUUUGCUAGCCUUGGAUGUCCAUUGGGAGGAUCCUCAGGUUCAGAAGUUCCUGUGGAGAAUCCCAAACUUGUCGCUGAGGAUGUGGAACCUCAAGAUGAUAAAGAUUUACUAGAGGCUCCUGCAGAAGAACCUGAGAAUCUACCAGAAGCUACUGUAUUGGAACCUGAGGAGGACGCUGAAACUCAAGGAGAGAGGAUAACUGCUAAUGGAUCUCCGGACGAAAAUGAUGGCAUACUAUCUGUUGUAGAUAUGGAUGAUUUAGAUUCUGUAGCCUCUGAAGAUGCUGAUCUUCCUAAACCUAAAGCUGUUGCUGAUCCUGAUUCUGCUAGUACACUUGACGAAAAUAGUGAAACUAAUGCUCUUAUUUCUGGUAGAGAAGCCGCUAGUGAGAGUAAAAGUGUGUGGGUAAGCAAGUAG